AUGGCUAAACCAAUUUUAUCAACUAUAACUCCAACAGCAUAUCGGGCAUUGCUCUCGCGCGCCAAUGGAAUCAAUCGUGUGGUCCCCAUUGAUGCCACUUGGGUGAUGCCCAAUGUUCCCCGAACACCGGCCAAGGAAUUCCUUGAAGUUGAACGGAUCCCAAAUGCUGCCUUCUUCGAUUUAGACAAGUAUUGUGGCGAUUCACCCUAUCCACAUAUGCUCCCUACUCAAUCCACCUUCAAUGAAGCCUUGAAUGACUUAGGGUUGAAAAGCACCGAUUCAAUUGUGGUUUAUGACACCGAGGGCAACUUCUCUAGUCCUAGAGCAGCAUGGACUUUUUCAUUAUUUGGCCACCGUCAAGUUUAUUUACUUGACAAUUACUUGAAUUAUAAAAAGAGCCUGUUCCCUUUGGACACUACCAAGAUUGACAGCUUCAAAACACCCUUAUCAAGCGAAGCUACUUCAAAUACUGCAAUUCCUGAACUGGAAUUCAAGACCAGGUACAACCAACAAGUGAUCGAGUAUGAAGAAUUGUUAGACUUGGUUAAAUCAAACCAAUUAGCCAAAGAUUAUCUUGUCUUGGAUGCCCGUGCUUUAGGCAGGUUCACCGGUGAAGCCGACGAACCAAGAGCAGGGUUAAGUUCAGGUCAUAUCCCCGGUGCCAAAUGUUUACCAUUCCCCAAGGUUCUUGAUGCCAACAAACAGUACAAGUCAAAACAAGAAAUCUUGCAAGUGAUUGCUCAUGAUUUGAACAUUGAUCUUUCAAACGACGCCUGGAAGGAAAGAUACCCCAAGGGAAUCAUUGUCAUGUGUGGUACUGGUGUCACUGCUGUUAUUUUAAGAUUUGCCUUAACUUCCAUCUUAGGCUUGGAUGUUCCCGUUCGUGUUUACGAUGGAAGUUGGACCGAAUGGGCCCAAAGAGCUCCUAAGGAAUUCAUAGUCAAGAGCAAUGGAUAG